AUGACCACUCAGGUAUUCCGUGCCGCCAUCAUCCAAACUCCUCAACGAGACAAAGAUCUGCUUUCAGUCAAGGCUGACGGAAGUGAAGAUCUGUACCGCCAGAGUGGCGACCCCUGCAACGUCACCAUCGGAGGCGUUAUGCUUGAAAAGACGAGCGCUGAACACGAUGAAGCGGCGCUGGCUGUUUAUAAAGCCCUCAAGGAUGCUGAUACUCGGCGAUGUCCACUUCACUCGCCCUCUCACACCAUCACAGUCGAAGAGUUUUGCCAGACCGAGCAAGAUAAGGAGGAAACAAACAGCGAAGGUUACAAGGCACGCGUCCUUAUGGCGCAUGACCAAGAGUGUGCCUUCUCAACAUUGUUCGAGGACAGGCGCCAGGGGAUCAUUCGAUUCCUCUUACUGCUUGCGUUUGCUUACGUGCUUGACGAACCGGUCGGCGGUGCUAUGAAGCUCACCAUGUACCAAGAAUCGCAACUCAAGUUGGCGUUGCUCAGAGCUGGGUGUGCUAGUUACUUCUAA